AUGCUCUUCUCCGCUGCUCUCCUCGCCCUUCUGCCGGCCGUGCUGGCGGCUCCGGCCGCUGAGCCUGCGGCGGCGGCGGCGCAGCUCGACAAGCGGGCGCCCAUCAUUGCCGCCCGCGCCGGCCAGGUCGUGCCCGGCAAGUACAUCAUCAAGCUCAAGGCUGGCGCCGACGACAAGGCCCUGGAGCGCGCCGUGGGCAAGCUUGGCAAGGACAAGGCCGAGCAUGUCUACAAGAGCAGGAAGUUUAAGGGCUUUGCUGGCAAGAUUGAUGCUCCGUUGCUUGAGGAGUUGAGGAAUCUGCCUGAGGUCGAGUAUGUCGAGGAAGAGGCCAUCUUCACCAUCAACCGAUACGUCUCGCAGACUGGUGCCCCCUGGGGCCUGGCGCGCCUGUCCACCCGGACCCGGGGCUCAACCACCUACACCUACGACGACAGCGCCGGUGCUGGUACCUGCUCCUACGUGAUUGACACGGGCAUCUACACCGCCCACUCGCAAUUCGGCGGCCGCGCGACCUUCGCCGCCAACUUCGUCGACAGCUCCAACACGGACGGCAACGGGCACGGCACGCACGUCGCGGGCACCAUCGGCUCCAACACGUACGGCGUGGCCAAGAAGACGCGGCUGUACGCCGUCAAGGUGCUCAACGCCAGCGGGUCGGGGACCACGUCGGGCGUCGUGGCCGGCAUCAACUUUGUCGCCACCGACGCGCCCAACCGCAGCUGCCCCAACGGCACCGUCGCCAACAUGUCCCUUGGUGGUGGCUACUCCGCGUCCAUCAACAAUGCUGCUGCUGCUCUGGUUGAUGCGGGUGUCUUCUUGGCGGUUGCGGCCGGUAAUGAUAACGCCAAUGCCGCCAACUACUCGCCUGCUUCUGAGGCCUCGGUGUGCACCGUCGGUGCGACGGAUAGCAGCGAUCGCAAGUCGAGCUUCUCCAACUAUGGCUCGGUGGUUGAUGUCUUUGCUCCUGGCACGUCGAUUCUGAGCACGUGGAUUGGUAGCACCUCGGCUACUAACACCAUCUCGGGCACGUCGAUGGCCUCCCCGCACAUUGCUGGUCUCGGCGCAUACCUCCUUGGCCUCCUCGGCCGCCGCUCCCCUGAGGCUCUGUGCUCGUACAUCAAGAGCACGGCCCAAAGCGGUGUCCUCUCCGGCCUGCCCAGCGGCACCCCCAACCUCCUUGCCUUCAACGGCAACCCUUCUGCUUAA